AUGACGGGAGAUUUUUGCUUGGACCCGUCCAAUUCGUUUUUGCGUCGAUUUCCGCUUGUCGACUUUCGAUCGGCCGCUGCAGCAGCUGCUGCAGCGGGGGAAAACGUGAUGCACCCGAGUUACCCGGGGUUCUUUGGGCCAGGUUCGUGCUGGGACCCACCCCACGGCCCACAAAUGUAUCCCUACAGGCAACCCGAUUUGUUGGGGUUGCCGUGCGAUUUCUGGAACCCGGCUACAGCUGGAACAAGGUUGCAGAACCUGUCAAGUGCAAGAAGCAACAGCACCCAGUCAAAAACUUCGGGCACUUCGCAAAACUCCUCGUCAAUGUCCAAGAAAACCCGGCGCAGGGUUGCCACCGUGGCGCAGCGAAGAGCCGCCAACAUCCGGGAACGUCGUCGCAUGUUCAACCUCAACGAAGCCUUCGACAAACUCCGCAACAAAGUACCGACUUUCGCGUACGAAAAGCGACUGUCUCGCAUAGAAACCCUUCGUCUCGCCAUCACUUACAUCGGUUUCAUGACGGAGUUGCUGAGCAGUGAGGAAACCACGGCCGCUAGAGGGCAGUUCAGUCAAUUAAGUGACACCGGACACGGGAUGAACGCUGCUGCUGCAGGGAAUAACGCUGUUUGUGCCAAUGGGAAUCAGUUUUAUCCCGGAAGUGAAUCCGCUGCUGGUGCGUUUCCAUUUGCCUUCGCUGAAACAUGA